UCCUUCCGCCGCGGUAUCCUUCCGCCGGCGGGGGCAGCCCUUCCGCACGGCCCCGCUCCGCCAUCGCGGCCCCGCAGCGCCCGCAGCGCCGAGCCCGGCCCGGCACGGAGCCCCCGCCGCCGCCAUGGCACAGAUCCUGCCCAUCCGCUUCCAGGAGCACCUCCAGCUCCAAAAUCUGGGCAUCAACCCAGCCAACAUCGGGUUCAGCACUCUGACAAUGGAGUCUGACAAGUUCAUCUGCAUCCGAGAGAAAGUGGGAGAGCAGGCCCAGGUGGUGAUCAUUGACAUGAACGACCCCAGCAACCCCAUCCGGAGACCCAUUUCAGCUGACAGCGCCAUCAUGAACCCUGCCAGCAAAGUCAUCGCCCUCAAAGCUGGGAAGACGCUGCAGAUCUUCAACAUCGAGAUGAAGAGCAAGAUGAAGGCUCACACCAUGACAGACGACGUCACCUUCUGGAAGUGGAUCUCCCUGAACACCGUGGCCCUGGUGACGGAUAAUGCCGUUUACCACUGGAGCAUGGAGGGGGAGUCCCAGCCUGUGAAGAUGUUUGACCGCCACUCCAGCCUGGCCGGCUGCCAGAUCAUCAACUACCGCACCGACGCCAAGCAGAAGUGGCUGCUGCUCACGGGCAUCUCCGCACAGCAAAACCGUGUGGUGGGAGCAAUGCAGCUGUAUUCUGUGGAUAGAAAAGUGUCCCAGCCCAUCGAGGGACAUGCAGCCAGCUUUGCACAGUUCAAGAUGGAAGGAAAUGCUGAAGAAUCCACUCUCUUCUGUUUUGCAGUAAGAGGCCAAGCUGGGGGUAAGCUGCACAUCAUUGAAGUUGGCACACCACCUACUGGGAAUCAGCCCUUCCCAAAGAAAGCUGUGGAUGUCUUCUUCCCUCCUGAAGCACAGAGUGACUUCCCUGUUGCCAUGCAGAUCAGUGACAAGCAUGAUGUGGUGUUCCUCAUAACAAAAUAUGGCUACAUCCACUUGUACGACCUGGAAACCGGCACCUGCAUCUACAUGAACAGAAUCAGCGGAGAGACCAUAUUUGUUACUGCACAGCACGAAGCGACAGCCGGAAUUAUUGGAGUCAACAGAAAGGGACAAGUGCUGUCGGUGUGUGUGGAGGAGGAGAACAUCAUCCCCUACAUCACCAACGUGCUGCAGAACCCCGACCUGGCGCUGCGGAUGGCCGUGCGCAACAACCUGGCGGGGGCUGAGGAGCUCUUUGCCAGGAAAUUCAACGCGCUCUUUGCACAAGGGAACUACUCUGAGGCAGCAAAAGUGGCAGCCAAUGCCCCAAAGGGAAUCCUUCGUACUCCAGACACUAUCCGCCGCUUCCAGAGUGUCCCAGCUCAGCCAGGACAGACCUCCCCUCUGCUCCAGUACUUUGGCAUCCUGCUGGACCAGGGGCAGCUGAACAAGUACGAGUCCCUGGAGCUGUGCAGACCGGUGCUGCAGCAGGGCCGCAAGCAGCUCCUGGAGAAAUGGUUAAAAGAAGACAAGCUGGAGUGCUCGGAGGAGCUGGGAGACCUCGUGAAAUCUGUAGAUCCUACACUAGCACUGAGUGUCUAUCUGAGAGCCAACGUUCCAAACAAGGUCAUCCAGUGUUUUGCUGAAACAGGACAAGUCCAGAAGAUUGUUUUGUAUGCUAAGAAGGUUGGAUAUACUCCAGACUGGAUAUUUUUGCUGAGGAAUGUAAUGAGAAUCAGCCCUGAUCAAGGACAGCAGUUUGCACAAAUGCUUGUUCAAGAUGAAGAGCCUCUUGCAGAUAUAACACAGAUUGUGGAUGUCUUUAUGGAAUAUAAUCUAAUCCAGCAAUGCACAGCCUUCCUGCUGGACGCCCUGAAGAAUAAUCGCCCCUCCGAAGGCCCCCUGCAAACGCGUUUACUUGAGAUGAACCUCAUGCACGCCCCUCAGGUUGCAGAUGCCAUCCUGGGAAACCAAAUGUUUACUCACUACGACCGGGCUCACAUAGCUCAGCUGUGCGAGAAGGCCGGAUUGCUGCAGAGAGCCCUCGAGCACUUCACCGACCUCUACGACAUCAAGCGCGCCGUUGUUCACACUCACCUCCUCAACCCCGAGUGGUUGGUGAAUUAUUUCGGGUCCCUGUCAGUUGAAGACUCCCUGGAGUGUCUGCGUGCGAUGCUGUCCGCCAACAUCCGUCAGAACCUGCAGAUCUGUGUCCAGGUGGCUUCAAAGUACCAUGAACAGCUGUCAACACAGUCACUCAUUGAGCUCUUUGAGUCCUUCAAGAGCUUUGAAGGUUUGUUUUAUUUCCUGGGCUCUAUUGUAAACUUCAGCCAGGAUCCAGAUGUGCACUUCAAGUAUAUUCAAGCUGCCUGCAAGACAGGACAGAUUAAAGAAGUGGAAAGAAUCUGCAGGGAAAGUAACUGCUACGAUCCAGAACGUGUUAAGAACUUCCUCAAGGAAGCCAAACUCACUGACCAGCUGCCUCUCAUCAUUGUGUGCGACCGCUUUGACUUUGUCCACGACCUGGUGCUGUAUUUGUACAGAAACAACCUCCAAAAAUACAUUGAGAUUUAUGUACAGAAGGUGAAUCCAAGCCGCCUGCCAGUUGUGAUUGGGGGACUGCUUGAUGUGGAUUGCUCUGAAGAUGUGAUCAAGAACCUCAUCCUUGUAGUGAGAGGUCAAUUUUCGACUGAUGAGCUUGUUGCAGAGGUUGAGAAAAGAAACAGGCUGAAGCUGCUUCUGCCCUGGCUGGAAGCCAGAAUUCACGAGGGCUGUGAGGAGCCUGCGACCCACAAUGCACUGGCCAAAAUAUACAUUGAUAGCAACAACAACCCCGAGAGGUUCCUGCGUGAGAACCCUUACUACGACAGUCGUGUUGUUGGCAAGUACUGUGAGAAGAGGGACCCUCACCUGGCCUGUGUGGCUUACGAGCGUGGACAGUGCGAUUUGGAGCUCAUUAAUGUGUGCAACGAGAACUCCCUCUUCAAGAGUCUCUCCCGAUACUUGGUCCGUCGCAAAGACCCCGAGCUGUGGGCCAGCGUGCUGCUGGAGAGCAACCCUUACAGGAGACCCCUCAUCGACCAGGUUGUCCAGACAGCGCUGUCGGAGACCCAGGACCCCGAGGAGGUCUCUGUUACUGUGAAGGCUUUCAUGACUGCAGACCUUCCCAAUGAGCUCAUUGAGCUGCUGGAGAAAAUAGUUCUUGACAACUCCGUGUUCAGUGAGCACAGGAACCUGCAGAACCUCCUCAUCCUGACAGCCAUCAAGGCUGAUCGUACCCGUGUCAUGGAGUACAUCAACCGCCUGGACAACUACGACGCCCCAGAUAUCGCCAACAUAGCCAUCAGCAACGAGCUCUUCGAGGAGGCGUUUGCCAUCUUCAGGAAGUUCGAUGUCAACACAUCAGCUGUGCAGGUGUUGAUAGAGCACAUUGGGAACCUGGACCGCGCGUACGAGUUCGCGGAGCGCUGCAACGAGCCCGCGGUGUGGAGCCAGCUGGCCAAGGCACAGCUCCAGAAGGGGAUGGUAAAGGAAGCCAUUGACUCCUACAUUAAAGCAGAUGAUCCUUCCUCAUACAUGGAGGUUGUUCAAGCUGCUAAUGCCAGUGGGAACUGGGAAGAGCUGGUGAAGUAUCUCCAGAUGGCACGGAAGAAGGCCCGGGAGUCGUACGUGGAAACGGAAUUAAUCUUCGCUCUUGCUAAAACCAACCGGCUGGCAGAGCUGGAGGAGUUCAUCAACGGCCCCAACAACGCACACAUCCAGCAGGUGGGCGAUCGCUGCUACGACGAGAAGAUGUACGAGGCGGCCAAGCUGCUGUACAACAACGUGUCCAACUUCGGCCGCUUGGCCUCCACCCUGGUGCACCUCGGGGAGUACCAGGCGGCCGUGGACGGCGCUCGGAAAGCCAACAGCACCCGCACGUGGAAAGAGGUCUGCUUCGCUUGUGUGGAUGGGAAAGAAUUCCGCCUGGCUCAGAUGUGUGGGCUCCACAUCGUGGUGCACGCGGAUGAGCUGGAGGAGCUGAUCAACUACUACCAGGAUCGUGGCUACUUUGAGGAGCUGAUCACCAUGCUGGAAGCAGCACUUGGGCUCGAGCGAGCACACAUGGGGAUGUUCACAGAGCUAGCAAUUCUCUACUCCAAAUUCAAGCCACAGAAGAUGAGGGAGCACUUGGAGCUGUUCUGGUCCAGAGUCAACAUCCCUAAGGUUCUGAGAGCUGCAGAACAAGCCCAUCUCUGGGCUGAACUGGUGUUCUUGUAUGAUAAGUAUGAAGAGUAUGAUAAUGCCAUCAUCACAAUGAUGAAUCACCCAACAGAUGCUUGGAAAGAAGGCCAGUUCAAAGAUAUCAUCACUAAGGUGGCCAAUGUGGAGCUGUAUUACAAGGCAGUUCAGUUCUAUUUGGAAUUCAAACCUCUCUUGCUCAACGACCUGCUGAUGGUGUUGUCCCCUCGGCUUGACCACACUCGUGCUGUCACCUUCUUCACAAAGGUUAAACAGCUGCCCCUGGUUAAGCCUUACCUGCGCUCAGUUCAGAACCACAACAACAAAUCAGUGAAUGAGUCCCUCAACAACCUCUUCAUUAUUGAAGAAGACUACCAGGCUCUUAGGACUUCUAUAGAUGCUUACGACAACUUUGACAACAUCUCCCUGGCGCAGCGGCUGGAGAAGCACGAGCUGAUCGAGUUCCGAAGGAUCGCCGCCUAUCUCUUCAAAGGGAACAACCGCUGGAAGCAGAGCGUGGAGCUCUGCAAGAAGGACAGGCUCUACAAGGAUGCCAUGCAGUACGCUUCGGAAUCCAAAGACACCGAGCUGGCAGAGGAGCUGCUGCAGUGGUUCUUGCAGGAGAACAAGAGGGAGUGCUUUGGGGCUUGUCUCUUCACCUGCUACGAUCUCCUAAGGCCAGAUGUCGUCUUGGAAACGGCGUGGAGGCACAACAUUAUGGACUUUGCCAUGCCAUACUUUAUUCAGGUCAUGAAGGAAUACUUGACCAAGGUUGAUGCAAUAAAGGAAAAGGUGGAUAAACUGGAUGCCUCGGAGUCUUUGAGAAAGGAAGAGGAGCAAGCUACAGAAACACAACCUAUUGUUUAUGGCCAGCCCCAGCUCAUGCUGACAGCGGGACCCAGCGUGGCAGUUCCUCCACAAGCACCUUUUGGCUACGGCUACACCGCCCCUCCCUACGGGCAGCCCCAGCCUGGCUUUGGGUACAGCAUGUGAGCUGCAGCUCAGCUCGCUCGGGAGCAGCGUCUUUUCUUACUGAAACUCCACCGUCCCUCCCCGCUUUAACUCAUAACAGGGAAAAGCAAAGAGUUCUGCCUCGUGUUCUUGUAACCUUGAUUUCAUGAAGGACUGGUUUUUUCUAGCGCCAACGAUUUGAAUCACUUCUGUUUAAAAUCUUUUUUUUUUUUUUUUUUUUCACAUUCCAUGUCAUUUAGACUUUUACUUUCAGAGGGGGAAUGGUUUAAAAAACGACUUUGUUCAAGUGGGCUUUUGCAGGACUGCUUAUUACCAUUAAGUCUAUUGUGAAGAUCCUGAUUUGCACUCUAUAGUGUUACACUCUAAUAUUGAAUCUUAAGUUCAUUGUAUGUGAGCAGCUUUACGGUAUGUACUGUCUAUUCUAAAUGCAUUUUCAGUCUCACUGUAUAUUUGGAGAAAGCUAAAGCCAAGAUACUCGUAUUUGACCUUGCAAGACUGCUGACAAGAGACAACACUAAUCAGCAUAUCCUCCCUGGGUUGGAUUGCAUAGCUCUAAAAGAAUUUACAAUGCGUACAGACAACCUUGCCUGACUUCAAAUGAGUAAAAAAUUUUGGGUUUUUUUUGUUGGUUUUGUUUUUUUGGUUUUGUUUUUUUUUUCCUUAACCUAUGCAGGUUUUUCCAGUUAUGCAUAUAGAAAAAUGCUAGUGUCUUUUUGCUCACUCCAUAUGUAACAGAUGACCUUAUGUUGUGCUGUAUCCUGUGCUUUUUGUGGGACAUUCCAUUCAGGAACAGAGCACCAUGAUUCCAAUCUGUGUAUUUACUAACCCUGCCCUGAGGUUUGUGUAUGUUGGAUAUUGUGGUGUUUUAGAUCACUGUUUUGAGUGUACAGAAGAGAGAAUUCAAAGCAUAUUUGCUGUUCAGUUUUGUUUGUGCAAUUUGAAAUGACGCGAUUUAAAAAUAAAUUACUGGACUGUGGACAUGCUGCACAGUGGUAGCUUCUACUUUACUGUCUUCAAAAAAAGGACCUUCCAACUCAGCCCAAGUAUUAACAGUGCUGCUGGUGUGGGGCAAGGCAGGCAGGGCUCUGAGGGGCCAGGAGAAGAGCAGCAAUGGGGACCAGUAGUGGGGUCUUGCACUGAGGGGGCAAUACAGGAAAAUAUGUAACGCUUUUUCUAGAGAAAGGUGAUGGCAGAGAGAGAAAUAAAAAUAGCACUUUUCACCAGUUGGCUGCACUGUGGUCAACUCCAGCAGAUUUGAGCAGAUGAUACGUUAGGAUUGUGGUAGGGUGUGCCAGUUCAAUUGAGAUCAUGUUCUAGGUAUGUAAAUUGCCUUAAACAUAUUUAGCUUCAAAUAAAAUUGACUUAAAUGUU